UUGCCACCCCUAACAACGGCUUAAUGUUUGUUGGGGCGGGUUCGGUCCAGCCGGAAUUCUGAUAGCCGGCACUCUCAUACGUAGGCCCGGACAAAACCGGACCGGUUUCCAAGCGGUCAGAGCUGGCUUGUGUUGAGACUGGAGACCUUAUAUGAGACGGUUUCUUGAGCAGAGGGAAAACGAGAGCGCUUGUUCCUAACUGUGUUUCUUCCCCAAAUUCCUUCCUCAAAAGAGAUCUCUCAUCUUUCACCAAAUCCGGAAAUGAUGUCGAUUGAUUCCACCAAAGCGCAGUCCAGCUUACUAUGCUCCGAAGCUGAUUCUCAGAGAACUCUGUAUCCAUAUGUUACUGGCACAUCUGUGGUCGCUAUCAAGUACAAAGAUGGAAUUCUGAUGGCUGCUGAUAUGGGCGGUUCCUAUGGGUCUACUCUGCGUUAUAAGAGUGUGGAGCGGAUGAAGCCGGUGGGAAAACAUUCUCUUCUUGGCGCAAGUGGAGAAAUAAGUGAUUUCCAGGAGAUUUUACGCUAUCUUGAUGAGCUUAUCUUAUAUGAUAACAUGUGGGAUGAUGGGAACUCUUUGGGACCUAAAGAAGUUCACAACUAUUUGACUCGGGUGAUGUAUAAUAGGCGUAACAAAUUUAAUCCGCUGUGGAAUUCCCUGGUUCUUGGUGGGGUGAAAAAUGGACAGAAGUAUCUUGGCACGGUAGUAAGUAUGAUUGGUGUGCAUUUUGAAGACAAUCAUGUGGCAACAGGGUUCGGAAACCAUCUUGCACGCCCAAUACUUCGUGAUGAGUGGCAUGAAAACUUAAGCUUUGAAGAAGGCGUUAAGUUACUUGAGAAAUGCAUGCGUGUGCUUUUGUAUCGUGAUAGGUCUGCUGUAAACAAGCUUCAGAUAGCAAAAAUUACAGAAGAGGGUUUAACAAUUUCUCAACCAUACUCGUUGAAGACUUUUUGGGGAUUUUCUGCCUUCCAGAAUCCAACUGUGGGCGCUGAGGGAUCUUGGUAGUUGGGUUACUGCACUGCAGAUAUGGUUACAUACUUGGAGAACAUAAAACAGCUAAGCAGGAUCAAAAAUGAAAAUUCAGCGAAUUUUAUGUUAAUUUAGAUCGAUUAUGGUGCAAUUGACUAAUUUGUUUGAUGACUAAACUUGUAUGUUUUGAAUUUCAAUUCUGAAUUAUGGUUAUUUUUAUUUUGUUUUGGUUUCCAAGUUGCUCAUCUGCCCACUUGAACAUCAAAAUAGAGACCAUUGUUUUGGAUUGCGUUA